CGGUCGCCAUGAAAAGCUAUCUGCUGCUGGGCGUAUUAAUAUAUUAUUUAUGCACUUUGCUGCUGAUUGAGGGACGGGAUGUGGAGAUCAAGGAGGAAAACACAACCACCAAGGUUCACCUUAGUGACAUUUUGCUCUGCACAAACACUUCACUGCAGAACAAAACGCGUUUGAAUAGAUCGAGUUUGGGUGGACGCAUAGGAACUGAUCACUUGGGCAGAACUCGGAUGAACCAGCGAAGUAGAGUAACAACUAGUCGUCGCAGAAAACACCGAACUACACACAAGCCUAAAUAUUCUACACAUAAAAUAAAUAUAGCUUAAAUAAAGAUACUUUUAUAAUCUUAACUAUAGUUGUAAAGCUAAAG